AUGAUGGGCAAAAUCACCUUCUACGAGGACAGGAACUUCCAGGGCCGUUCCUAUGAGACCACCCAGGACUGCGCUGACAUGUCCUCCUUCCUGAGCAGGUGUCACUCCUGCAGGGUCGACAGCGGUUGCUUCAUGGUCUACGAUCACAACAACUACAUGGGAAACCAGUACUUCAUGAGGAGGGGCGAGUAUCCUGACUACCAGCGCAUGGGAAUGGGAAUGAACGACUGCAUCCGGUCCUGCCGCAUGAUCCCCAUGCACAAAGGAAACUUCAGGAUGAGGAUCUACGAGAGGGAGAACUUCGGAGGUCAGAUGCACGAGAUGACGGACGACUGUGACUCCAUCCAGGUCCGUUACCGUAUGUCAGACUGCCAGUCUUGCAACGUCAUGGACGGCCACUGGCUGAUGUACGAGCAGCCCCACUACAGAGGCAGGCAGAUGUACAUGAAGCCUGGAGAGUACAGGAGCUUCAGUCAGAUGGGCAUGGGAAUGGGAGGCAUGAGCGGCAGCAUGAGGUUCAUGAGCAUGAGGCGUAUCAUGGAUAACAUGUCCAUGUAA